AUGGGGAUACGAAAUGGGACCCACAAUCGGCCUGGUCUUCCAUGGAGCCGUCGUGUGUCGAUGAACGGGACGUUAGCUUCGGAGAAAACAAUCCUGUUGGAGUUCAGAAACUCCGUUUUCGAUCCUUCUGGUGUUCUUUCAAGCUGGAAAUCAUCGGAGAACCCAAAUCACUGCACCUGGUUUGGGGUUUCAUGCAACUCGAGGUCUCGGGUCAUAUUCAUCGACAUUUCUGGUGGUUGUGGAGAACUAUGGGGUUUAGAGAACUUAGAAGAGCUUGAUCUUGAAGGGAAUUCAUUUACUGGGGAGUUGCCUGAUGAGAUUGUGGGGUUGAGAAAUUUGCGGGUUUUGAAUCUCGGGUUAAAUGAGCUAGAAGGGGAGGUUCCGGCAUCUCUGUCCAAAUUUGUAGAUUUGGAGGUUUUGAAUUUAGCUGGGAAUAAGCUGAAGGGGUCUAUGUCUGGUUAUUUUGGUGGCUUCUACAAGUUGAAGGGUCUUUAUUUGUCUAAUAAUCAGCUAAACGGUCCGAUUCUCGAGAAUUUGGACAUAAUUGUAGGUAUCUAG